GUAAUUUAAUGCUCUUCUUUAUUCAUCGCAUCAAACGGAGCGGAUUCUUCUUUUUUUUUUUUUUGCAUAAUUUGAUCAAAUUUUCUCAUACCAAUUCACUCCUCUUCCAUUCCUCACAUUUCUCUCUUCCUUUUUCCUUUCAUUUUACUCUGGAUAUUGAGGAAGCAGGAAAAAUUCAGAAGCAAUUGGUUCAAGUCCCAAACUAAAGCAACACAAUGACAGUAAAAGGUGCAUCUACCCCAGUUUCAAAGAUUGAUAAAUCACCUGCAUCAACCCCAGCUGGUAGAGUAGACAGAACGCCUAUAUCGACCCCAGGUUCUAAAAUCGACAGAACACCUGCAUCGACACCAGGAGGUGCUCGAGCACCCAAGGAAGAGAAGAUUGUCGUUACUGUCAGGUUAAGGCCUUUAAGCAAACGCGAACAGGCAGCAAAAGACCAAGUAGCAUGGGAAUGUGUUGAUGAGCACACUAUCAUUCAUAAAUCUCCUAAUCAAGAUCGUUUGAUGCAAGCUGCUUCGUUUACAUUCGACAAAGUCUUUGGUCCGACUUCCAUGACCGAGACAGUGUAUGAAGAAGGGGUGAAGAAUGUGGCUUUAUCUUCUUUGUUGGGUAUAAAUGCAACAAUAUUUGCUUAUGGACAGACAAGCAGUGGCAAAACAUAUACAAUGAGAGGAAUAACCGAGAAAGCAGUCACAGAUAUAUACAAUCACAUAAUGAAUACACCGGAGAGAGAAUUCACGAUCAAGAUUUCCGGGUUAGAAAUCUAUAAUGAGAAUGUUAGGGAUCUUCUCAAUUCGGAGUCUGGUCGAAACCUUAAGCUAUUGGAUGAUCCUGAAAAAGGUACUGUUGUCGAGAAGCUCGUUGAAGAGACUGCGACUGAUGACCGGCAUCUGAGACAUUUGAUCAGCAUAUGCGAGGCUCAAAGACAAGUCGGUGAGACUGCACUCAAUGAUAAUAGUUCGCGAUCUCACCAAAUCAUUCGACUGACAGUUCAAAGCACGCUGCGCGAAACUUCAGGCUGCAUCCGGUCUUAUAUGGCAAGCUUGAAUUUUGUGGAUCUCGCGGGAAGUGAGAGGGCUUCACAAACACAUGCCGAUGGAGCUAGACUUAGAGAAGGAUGUCAUAUUAAUCUCAGUCUGAUGACACUAACGACUGUGAUUAGGAAACUCAGUUCUGGCGGGAAGCGAACUGGUCACAUACCGUACAGAGAUUCAAAACUCACGAGAAUAUUACAACACUCUCUUGGUGGAAAUGCUCGUACUGCUAUCAUAUGUACAUUGAGUCCAGCAACGAGUCAUGUUGAGCAGACUCGUAACACGCUUUAUUUUGCCACUCGAGCCAAGGAAGUGACUAAUAAUGCUCAAGUGAAUAUGGUUGUCUCGGAUAAGCAAUUAGUGAAACAGCUGCAGAAGGAAGUCGCUAGACUCGAAGCAGAGUUGCGUACACCUGAUGCUUCCGAAAAGGAUAUGAAGAUUCACCAGAUGCAAAAGGAGAUCGAAGAGUUGAGACGUCAACGAGAUCUUGCUCUAUCAGAAGUAGAAGAGUUGCGACAAAAAGUGCAAGUCGAAAAGGCCAUUGUUGACCCCCUUGGCUCGCCUCGGCCGGUUAAAAAAUGUCUUUCCUUCUCCGGCACGUUGCCUAACAUGAUCAGGAAGCACCAAGGAUAUCAGUCGCAGAACAAAAUCGUACGACAGUCAAUGAGGAAGUCGUCUACUGCGCCUUUCACCCUCAUGCAUGAAAUCAGGAAGCUCGAGCAGCUACAAGAGCAGCUCGGAGAAGAAGCGAAUCGAGCUCUAGAAGUGCUGCAGAAAGAGGUAGCAUGUCAUAGGCUCGGUAAUCAAGACGCUGCAGAAACAAUCGCUAAGCUGCAGGCUGAGAUACGAGAUAUGCGUUCCGUUAGAACAGAGCUCAAGGAAGAUGCCGAAGAAGUUGAGCCAGUGAUCGCCACCAAUAAAAGUGUUAGCGCUAAUCUCAAGGAAGAGAUUACGAGACUUCAUACACAAGGAAGCACGAUUGCCGAUCUCGAAGAACAACUUGAAAAUGUUCAACGAUCGAUCGAUAAAUUAGUUAUGUCACUUCCGAAUAACAAUGAAACUAACAGCGCUGUAGCAAUUCAAGAGACGAAAUCUCAGAAAAAGAAGAAAUUACUUCCUUUGAGUUCAAGCAGUGGUGCGAAUAGGCAAAAUCUUAUACGAUCGCCGUGUUCUCCUUUAUCUGCUACCGAUCAAGUUGUAGACACUGAAAUCGAGAAUCGGAAUCCAGCGAACGACAACAUUGUUCCGGCGGAAACUGCACAAGGCGUAGAAAAAGGAACACCGACAAAAAUGGAAGGAGCUGCGGGAGAUGGUUCAGCUAAGGAAGGUUCUGGAUACAGAAGAUCAAGUUCCGUUAACAUGAAGAAAAUGAAACAAAUGUUUCAGAAUGCCGCAGAAGAGAAUGUCCGAAACAUAAGGGCUUAUGUUACUGAAUUGAAAGAGCGCGUAGCAAAACUGCAGUAUCAGAAACAAUUGCUUGUUUGCCAGGUGCUUGAGUUGGAAGCAAAUGAAGCAGCUGGCUACAACAUUGAGGAUAAUGAAGAAGAAUACGAAGUGAAUGAACCCGAGGUCUCAUGGCAUAUAACCUUCAAGGAGCAAAGGCAGCAGAUUAUUGAAUUGUGGGAUGUUUGCUAUGUAUCCAUCAUUCACAGAACUCAAUUCUAUCUGCUAUUUAAAGGAGACACAGCAGACCAGAUUUACAUGGAAGUCGAGCUUAGACGUUUGACUUGGCUUCAGCAACACUUAGCAGAAACUGGUGACGCUACUCCAGCUCCUUGUGCCGGUGGAGAUGAUGAACCCACAAUUUCUAUUUCUUCCAGUAUUAGAGCUUUGAAGCGCGAAAGAGAUUUUCUUGCGAAGAGGGUGAGCACACGCCUAAGCUCGGAAGAAAGGGAGUCAUUGUAUAUAAAAUGGGGUGUCUCGCUCGAAGGAAAACAAAGGAGGUUACAGUUCGUGAGUAAGCUUUGGACCGAACCCCAUGAUCCCGUCCAUGUACAUGAGAGUGCUGAAAUUGUGGCUAAGCUUGUCGGGUUUUGUGAAAGUGGGAAAGCCUCAAGGGAGAUGUUUGAGCUAAACUUUGCGCUCCCAACUGAUAAGAGACCAUGGACAGCAGGGUGGAAUCACAUAUCCAACCUUCUUCAUUUAUGAGAGGGUAAAUCUGGUUUGUAAGUACCACAAACAUAAUUAAUAUCUUCGUAAAUGAAUUCAACAGAAAAAUGAGUUCAAUUCUUUCAUUAUGUUGGCUGGUGAGACAAUAGUUGCUCCAAGGUAGCCUAGCCAAUUCAUUUUGUAUUGAAAUCUAUGAAUUUAAUGGAAAUCAAGUUUUGGAGUUCUCUCCAUGCCUUGUUUAAUUCUUUCA